UUCAACCACAGGAAAGCAAUGGAUCGCAACGACAGUUCGGAUGCUGAGGAAAUUUUAAAUGUUUAUUUACACAACUGAAAUAAGAAUAACUCUCGAAAACACACUGACUCGCGCGUGCUCUACUGAACACCAGCAGCGCGCGGCACACGACUCCCUUAUGUGACGUAAUAUGACGCGAUGUUGAAAAAAAAAGCGGGUUUUGAGAGCCGUCAAGGAAAGCGUCACUUUUUCUUCUAAAUUUGUGCACUCACGUCUUGUAAAACAUUUUCAAAUCCUGCAUUAACGGUUCAUAUGGUAUUUUCAUACAAGUUUAUAUAUUCAUUUGGAAAAAAUUUUAACCUGCAAUAUGCACUUUAAGAAGUGCAGAAACACAGCAUGUCUGUUCCUGAGAAAUCACCUUGAAGUAAUUUCACUCAACGACGCCAUGAGGAGAGCUGCUGUAUUUCUACUGCUGACAGGUCUCUUGGCCAACGGACAAGAGCCGCUCUGGGAUAACAGCUAUGACCAGCCUGUGGAUUUUAACUGCCCAGCAGGACAGACCAUAUCCUAUAUAAAGAGUGAACAUCAUAAUCAUUAUGAGGACCGGUUGUGGGAGUUCGGCUGUAAAAACACCUUUGGUUCUGGCACAGAGUGUUUCAUGUCACCUUACGUCAAUAAUUUUGACCAAACGUUCACCUAUACGUGUCCAACAAACUCCAUCGUCGCAGGGAUAAGCAGCUACCACAGCGACCACCAUGAGGACAGACGUUGGCAGUUUUACUGCUGUAGAAAAAAAGGCUACUGUACUUCUAACUGCCAGUGGACAACUUAUGUGAACUGGUUUGAUGAGGCGUUCCAGUGGACCACACCAAGCUCACACUACUUGGUGGGUGCCGAAAGCUUCCAUGACAAUAAAUAUGAAGACCGUCGCUGGAAGUACAAGUAUUGUACUAAAGUACAAUGUUGAGACUCUGAAAUGCAAAUAAUCUCAAUUCUGAAAUAAACAAGAAUGGCAAUGC